CCAGCAACAGAAUGUGGAGAACACUGCCAAUAAAACUUCUCCUUAUAUUUAUUUUGUGUUUUAUCCGGUGCCAGUCUCAAGGAUGUGAAUCAUAUCAGUUUCGCUGUGGGACAGGACAUUGUAUCCCAGAAAACUGGCGCUGCGAUGGAACGUCCGACUGCACAGACGACUCAGAUGAAAGUGACUGUGGUCAUGUGACGUGUGACGGGAAUCACUUCCAGUGUCUGAGUGACGGCGAGUGCAUCCCAGACGUGUGGCUGUGUGACGACGAAGAGGACUGUGAGGACGGCUCGGACGAGCGCCAUCACUGCCCUGGACGGACAUGCACCAGCGGGCAGUUCAGCUGCAGCAGUGGAGCCUGUAUCCCGGGAGAGUUCAGGUGUGACCGGCUCCCUGACUGCUCCGACGGCUCUGACGAGAGAGACUGCCACUACCCAGAGUGCUCAGCGCUGAGGUGUGCUAACGGCGCCUGUUACAACCAGAGUCAGCGCUGUGACCAGUCGCUGGAUUGUCGGGAUGGAUCCGACGAGGCUAAUUGCACACAACACUGCAGCGCCGGCCUUUUCCAGUGUCGCAACGGGGAGUGUGUCCCUCAGCGCUACGUCUGUGACCAUGACGACGACUGCGGGGACAGGAGCGACGAGCAGAACUGCACCUACCCCACCUGCCGAGGCAGCUACUUCACCUGCCCCAGCGGACGCUGCAUCCACCAGGUCUGGCUCUGUGACGGCGAGGACGACUGCGAAGACAACGCAGACGAAAAAGGCUGUGAUAAUGUCCCACGCGAGUGCUACCCUGGAGAGUGGCCGUGCCCGUCCUCAGGCCUGUGUAUCCCCAUGGAGCAGCUGUGUGACGGGCUGAACCACUGCCCCGGGGGGGGGGACGAGACCAACACCACCGCUGGACGCAACUGCAGCAUCUGGAGGUGUCCGUCUCUGAGCUGUGAGCAUCGCUGCCACGCCUCUCCCGAGGGCGGGGCCUGCUCCUGUCCGUCAGGAUACGUCGUCAACAGCAACGACAGCCGGUCCUGCGCUGACUUUAACGACUGCACCAUGUGGGGCGUGUGCGACCAGCUGUGUGAGGACAGGAUAGGAAGCCACCACUGCAGCUGCAGGGAGGGCUACGUUCUGGAGCAGCACCGAUACUGUCGCGCCAACACCUCCUCUGCCGCUCCCUUGCUGGUGUUCUCUAACGGCAGGGACCUGAUGCUGGGUGACAUCCACGGGCACAGCCUGCGCACCCUGGUCCACUCCCAGAACAGAGGGGCGGCCGUGGGAGUGGACUACCACUACCUCCUCAGACGGCUCUUCUGGACAGAUACCAUUCAGAACAAGGUGUUUUCGGUGGACAUGGACGGUACCAACCUGCAGGUGGUUUUGAACGUAUCGGUUGACUACCCUGAGAACCUGGCAGUGGACUGGGUGAACAGUAAACUGUACGUGGUGGAGGCCAGCGUCAACAGGAUCGACAUGGUGGACUUUGACGGGAACAACCGGGUCACGCUGAUGGCAGAGAACCUGGGAAACCCAAGAGGACUGGCUGUGGACCCGACAGUGGGCUACAUGUUCUUCUCUGACUGGGACUCUCUGAACGGAGAGCCGGGUCUGGAGCGGGCCUACAUGGACGGCUCCAACCGCUACGGCAUCAUCAGAACCAAGCUGGGCUGGCCGGCCGGGAUCACCCUGGACCUGGAGGCCCAGCGGGUCUACUGGGUGGACAGUCGCUAUGACUACAUCGAGACCACAACCUACGACGGCCUUCACAGGAAAACAGUGGUCCAUGGAGGGGCUGUCAUCCCUCACCCCUUUGGCAUCAGUCUGUUCGAGCACACGGUCUACUACACCGACUGGACCAAGAUGGCGGUGAUGAAAGCCAACAAGUUCUCCGACAGGAGCCCUCAGGUGCUGUACACCACGGCCCAGAACCCGCACGGCGUGGCGGUCAUCCACCAGCUCAGACAGCCCUACGUGUCCAACCCGUGUGGCACAGACAGGGGUGGCUGUGAGCAGAUCUGUGUUCUCAGCCACAGGAGUGACAACGGAGGCCUGGGUUACCGCUGCAAGUGCCGGAUGGGCUACGAUCUUCACGCAGAUGGCAAGAGAUGUGUGGCUGUGCGUCAGUUCCUGCUCUUCUCCAGCCAGCUGGCGGUCCGAGGGAUCCCCUUCAACCUGUCCUCCCAGGAGGACGUCAUCCUGCCCAUCACCGGGACGCCCUCCUACUUUGUUGGGGUGGACUUCAGUGCUGAGGAAGACGCCAUCUUCUUCUCAGACACGGCCAAAGACAUCAUCUACAAGCAGAGAGUGGACGGCACAGGCAGGGAGGUGCUGGCAGCCAAUCGGGUGGAGGGCGUGGAGGAUCUGGCUUACGACUGGAUCUCCAAGAACCUGUACUGGACCGACCCGCGCUACAGGAGCAUCUCUGUCAUGAGACUGGCCGACAAGUCCAGGAGAGCCAUCGUACGCAACCUGAACAACCCCAGGUCCAUCGUAGUGCAUCCUGUCGUCGGGUAUAUUUUCUGGACAGACUGGUACCGUCCGGCCAAGAUUAUGAGGUCCUGGUGUGACGGGUCACAUGCCUCGUCGAUUGUAAACACAACGCUUGGCUGGCCCAACGGCCUGGCCAUUGACUGGAGCUCAAUGCGCCUGUACUGGGUGGACGCCUUCUUUGAUAAGAUCGAACACAGCAGCUUUGACGGGCAGAAUCGCCUGUCCCUGGAUCGCAUCACCCAGAUCUCUCAUCCGUUCGGCCUCACCAUCUUUGGGGGCUACGCAUACUUCACUGACUGGCGCCUGGGUGGCAUCGUCCGUGUCCGCAAGAGCGACGGCGGGGAGAUGGUGACCAUCCGGAGAGGAAUCAGCCACAUCAUGCAUGUCAAGUCUUUCAACUCCUACUCCCAGACAGGUUCCAACUCCUGCAACAGGGAGAUCAACCCCAACGGAGACUGCAGCCAUUUCUGUUUCCCUGCGCCGGACUCCCAGCGUGUGUGCGGCUGUCCGUACGGCAUGAAGCUGGCGCCCGACCAGCAGGCGUGCGUGGACGACCCGUCCAGCGAGCCGCCCACGCUGCAGUGCGGAGCCAACUCCUUCUCCUGCGCCAACGGGAAGUGCGUCCCCCACAGCUACAGAUGCGACGGCGCCGACGAUUGCCAUGACAACAGCGACGAAGCGAACUGCGGAACUCAUAACACGUCCUGCUCCUCCUCGGCCUUCACGUGCGCCAGCGGCCACUGUGUGCCCACCAGCUGGCGCUGCGACGGGCACAACGACUGCUCCGACCACAGCGACGAGAGGAACUGCCCCACCCGGGUCCCCGGGACCUGCUCAGCCAGCCAGUUCACCUGCACCAACCAGCGCUGUGUGCCUCUCACCUGGCUGUGUGACACAGACAACGACUGUGGGGACGGCUCUGACGAGGCCAGCUGCGACAUGACGGGCACUUGCCACCCAGGCCAGUUCCAGUGCCUAGACCACCGCUGCAUCGACCCCAGCUACGUAUGUGACGGGGACAGAGACUGUGCCAACGGGGCCGACGAGCAGGGCUGCAUUUACAACUGCACUGCGUCUGAGUUCAAGUGUUCCAACGGACACCAGUGUGUCAACUCCUACUAUCGCUGUGACAACGUCUUCGACUGCAGCGAUCGUUCUGACGAGGCAGGCUGUCCCACCAGGCCCCCUGGCAUGUGCCACCACGAGUCAGAGUUCCAGUGCCAGUCGGACGGCAGCUGUGUGCCCUCCUCCUGGGAAUGUGACGGCCACCCGGACUGCGAGGACGGCUCCGACGAGCACCACGCCUGCCCGCCGCGCACCUGCGCCACCGGCCUGUUCCGCUGCGACAACGGCAACUGUGUGUUCCCCAGCUGGGUGUGCGACGGGGACAACGACUGCAGGGACAUGAGUGACGAGAGAGACUGCCCCACGCUGCCCUUCCGCUGCCCCGUCUGGCAGUGGCAGUGCCCAGGGCACAGCGUGUGUGUCAACCUGACCCGGGUGUGUGACAACACCCCGGACUGUCCCAACGGGGCGGACGAGUCUCCUCUCUGCAACCAGGAGAGCUGCUCGGACAACAACGCGGGCUGCACCCACGGCUGCCUCCAGGGGCCGUUCGGGGCCCAGUGCACGUGUCCCCUGGGCUACCAGCUGAGCAACGACUCCAAGACCUGCGAGGACGUGGACGAGUGCAGCCCUCCUGGGCUGUGCAGCCAGGAGUGCGUCAACGAGAGAGGCUCCUUCCGCUGCCACUGCACGGACGGCUACACUCUGGAGGCAGACCAACGCACCUGCAAGGCCUCGGGUUCGCGCGAGGCCUUCCUACUGGUCGCCAGCCGGAAUCAGAUCGUGCAGGACGACAUCAUCGCCCAGCCCAACGUGGUCCGCUCGCUGGUUCGGGACGGACGCAACAUCGUGGCGCUGGACUUUGACUCGGUGGCGGAUCGCGUGUACUGGUCUGAUACCAGCCAGGACCGGAUCUGGAGCGCACACAAGAACGGCAGCGACAGGACAGUGGUGUUUGACAGUGGGGUGACAGUGACGGAGAGCCUGGCUGUUGACUGGGUGGGCAGGAACCUGUACUGGACGGACUACGUCCUAGAGACCAUCGAAGUGUCCAAACUGGACGGAACCCACCGGACUGUGCUGAUCAGUCAGAACGUGACCAACCCCAGAGGCCUGGUCCUGGACCCCAGAGACGGUGCCCACGUGCUGUUCUGGACCGACUGGGGGAGGAGCCCUCGGAUAGAGAGGGCCAGCAUGGACGGCAAGAAGAGGACCACAAUCAUCAGCAGCAAGCUGUACUGGCCCAACGGCCUCACCAUCGACUAUCCUAACAAGCUGCUGUACUUUGCCGACGCCUAUCUGGAUUUCAUCGACUUCUGUGAUUAUAACGGGACCAACAGGAAGCAAGUUCUGGCCAGCGACCUGGUACUGCAACACCCCCACGCAAUUACCAUUUUUGAGGAUUUUGUGUAUUGGACCGACAGAUACAUCAACCGAGUGAUCAGAGCCCAUAAGUGGCACGGGGCCAACCAGACCGUGAUGCUGGACACCCUCUCCCAGCCCAUGGGUCUGGUGGCCGUGCAUCCGGCCAGGCAGCCCCCAGGUGUAAACCACUGCCAGGGGAGCUCCUGUACUCACAUCUGCCUGCUGUCGUCUGAAGGCCCCAGCUUCUUCUCCUGCGCCUGUCCCUCAGGCUGGACGCUGGCUAAAGACAACAUCACCUGUGCCAGAGUUGAGAAGCCCUUCUUAGUGGUGGUGAGAGACAGCAUCAUCUACGGCAUCUCCCUGGACCCCGGCGACCAGAACAACAACGCCAUGGUGCCCGUGGCGGGGCUCCAGAACGGCUACGACGUGGACUUUGACGACGUGGAGCAGACCAUCUACUGGGUGGAGCACCCGGGGGAGAUCCACAGAGUGAAGUCGGACGGUACCAACAGGACAGAGUUCGCCCCUGCAGCCAUCCUGGGUGCCCCCGUGGGUCUGGCUCUGGAUUGGAUGACGGAGAACCUGUACUACACCAACCCUGCCACCCAGUCUAUAGAGGUGUUGAGGCUGAGAGGGGAGGUGCAGUACAGGAAGACUCUAAUCACCAAUAACGGCUCUUCGACCGGUGUUGGCAGUCCGUUUGGCAUCGCCGUGGACCCGGCACGUGGGAAGCUGUACUGGGCGGACCAGGGCACGGAGAGCGGCAUCCCUGCCAAGGUGGCCUCUGCAGACAUGGACGGAGGCAACCCUGCCGUCCUCUUCACCAACAACCUGGACCACGUUGAGUUCCUCACUGUGGACAUCAGAGAGAACAAGCUAUACUGGGCUGUGACAGGGACCGGCAUGAUAGAGCGUGGGGACCCGGACGGUUCCAACCGGAUCACCAUAGUAACGGGCCUGUCCCACCCCUGGGGCGUGGCUGUGCACGAGGACUUCCUGUACUUCACCGACCGCGACUUCGAGGUGAUCGAGCGCGUGGACAAGGUGAACGGGGCCAACAAGGUGGUCCUGAGGGACAACGUGGCUGGAUUGAGGGUGCUGAAGAUCCACCACAGAGAGACCUCGGCAGGAACCUCCAACGGCUGCAGCAACAACGUGGGCGCCUGUCAGCACCUGUGCCUGCCGCGGCCCAACAGCAUGUUCACCUGCGCCUGUGCCACCGGCUACACGCUCAACGCCGACAACAGGACCUGCAGCCCCUACCAGUCCUACGUGGUCAUCUCCACCCUGUCCGCCCUCAAGGGCUUCAGCCUGGAGGGCUCCGACCACUCUGAGGCCAUGGUGCCUGUAGCGGGGAGAGGUCGUAACGCCCUCCACGUUGACGUCCACAUGGCGUCUGGCUUCAUCUACUGGUGUGACUUCAGCAGCAGCGUGGCGUCUCAGAACGGGAUCCGCCGCAUCAAGCCCGACGGCUCCGGCCUCCGCGGCCUCGUCACGUCCGGGAUCGGACGCAACGGCAUCCGAGGCAUUGCAGUGGACUGGGCCGCAGGAAACCUCUACUUCACCAACGCCUUCCUGACAGAGACUUACGUGGAGGUGAUGCGCCUGAACACCUCGUUCCGCCGCGUGCUGCUGAAGACCCAGGUGGACAUGCCUCGCCACAUCGUGGUCGACCCCAAAAACAGGUUCCUCUUCUGGGCCGACUACGGCCAGAACCCCAAGAUCGAGCGGGCUCAGCUGGACGGGACCAACCGCACAGUCCUGGUCUCCUCCGGAAUCAUCACCCCCCGGGGCCUGGCCCUGGACUACCAGACGGGCUACGUCUACUGGGUGGACGACUCCCUGGACAUGAUCGCACGCGUCAGUCCCUCCGGCGGCGAGACGGAGAUCAUUCGCUACGGCAGCCGCUACCCGACGCCGUACGGCGUGACGGUGUUUGAGGGCAGCAUGAUCUGGGUGGACCGGAACCUGAAGAAGGUGUUCCAGGCCAGCAAGGAGCCAGGCAACAGCGACCAGCCCACGGUCAUCCGAGACAACAUCAACAUGCUGCGAGACGUGACCGUGUACGACCAGCGCACCCAGCCGCGCUCCGCCCAGCAGCUCAACAACAACCCCUGCCUGGAGGACAACGGCGGCUGUGCCCACUUCUGCUUCGCCCUCCCCGCGCCCGCCCUCCCCGCGCCCGCCCCCCACGGCCGGAAGUGCGGCUGCGCCUUCGGGAACCUGGCGGCGGACGAAGAGAGCUGCGUAGUGUCGCGGGACGACUACCUGGUGUACACCACGGAGAGCACGGUGAGGAGCCUCCGUCUGGACCCCGACGACCACGUGCUGCCCUUCCCCGUGGUUAACGUGCCGCGCACCUCCGUGGCGCUGGAUUAUGACCUCACAGACCGGCGGGUGUACUACACCCAGAGCUCGGGGGUGGGCGUCAGCAGGAUCAGCUUCAUCAGCCUGUCUGCUCCCACAGCGCCCCCUGUGGUGGUGGCCGAGGAUCUAGGGGCCCCUGAUGGCAUUGCCUAUGACUGGAUCAACAAAAGGAUUUACUACAGUGACUACAUCAACCAGAGCAUCAGCUCCAUGUCUAUCGACGGAUCCCAGAGGUCUGUCAUCGCCCGCGUGCCCAGACCCAGAGCCAUCAUGCUGGAUCCCUGCAGAGGGUACAUGUACUGGACAGACUGGGGAACCCAUGCCAAAAUAGAGCGCGCCACUUUAGGAGGAAACUUCCGGACAGAGAUCGUGAACAUCAGUCUGGUGUGGCCCAAUGGGCUGACCCUGGACUACGAGGAUCAGAGACUGUACUGGGCGGACGCCAGCCUUCAGAAGAUCGAGCGCUGCUCCCUCACAGGGGCGCACCGCGAGGUGGUCGUGAGUACGGCCAUCUACCCCUUCGCCAUGACCAUGUUUGGCCAGUUCAUCUACUGGACCGACUGGAACACGCGCAGCAUCUACCGGGCCAACAAACAUGACGGCUCGGACCAGCGGGUGAUGAUCCAGAACCUUCCGUCGCGGCCCAUGGACGUGCACGUGCUGGCCAGCAGCAAGCAGCAGCAGUGUGACAGCCCCUGCCAGCAGUUCAACGGAGGCUGCAGCCACAUCUGUACCCCAGGUCCCCACGGUGCAGAGUGCCAGUGUCCAUCGCAGGGGAGAUGGUACCUGGCCGACAACAAGCACUGCAUCCCUGACAACGGCACGCGCUGCCAGGCGGGACAGUUCACCUGCAUGAACGGCCGCUGCAUCCGCGCCCAGUGGAAGUGUGACAACGACAACGACUGUGGGGACGGCAGUGACGAGCUGGAGAGAGUCUGUGCCUUCCACGCAUGCGAGCCCACCGUGUUCACCUGUGGGAACGGCCGCUGCGUUCCCUACCACUAUCGCUGCGACCACUACAACGACUGCGGCGACAGCAGCGACGAGGUGGGCUGCCUCUUCAGGCCCUGCGAUGCCGACAGCGAGUUCCCCUGCAACAACGGCCGCUGCAUCGCCAAGGACUACGUCUGCAACGGCAUCAACAACUGCUACGACAACGGCACCUCGGACGAGAAGGACUGCCCGGAGCGGACCUGCCAGCCAGAACACACCAAGUGUCAGACCAACAACAUCUGCAUCCCGCGCUCCUACCUGUGUGACGGGGACAACGACUGUGGGGACAUGAGUGACGAGAGCCCCACACACUGUGCCACCUCCACCUGCUCCCAGAGUGAGUUCCGUUGCUCCAGCGGUCGCUGUAUCCCUGCCCACUGGCACUGUGACGGUGGUCCGGACUGUGCCGACGGCUCGGACGAACCCUCCUCCUGCACCACGCUGGUGAGAACCUGCAACACGGAGCAGUUCCGCUGCGACGACGGCAGGUGCAUCGCCUCGUCCUGGAUCUGCGAUGGGGACAACGACUGCGGGGACAUGAGUGAUGAGGACCAGAGGCACAGCUGUGCCAACCGCACGUGUUCGGCCUCCGAGUUCACCUGCGUGAACAACCAGCCGCCGCAGAGGAAGUGCAUCCCUAGCGACUGGGUGUGCGACGGCGACGCCGACUGCAGCGACGCGCUGGACGAGCACCAGAACUGCUCCAGGAGGUCCUGUGGCGUCAACGAGUUCACCUGCAGCAACGGCCUCUGCGUCCGCAGCUCUUACAGGUGUGACCGGAGGAACGACUGCGGGGACAGCAGUGACGAGCAGGGCUGCACGUACCAGCCCUGCCUGCAGCACCAGUUCACCUGCCAGAACGGACGCUGCGUGUCACGCGACUUUGUCUGCGACGGCGACAACGACUGCGGCGACGAGUCAGACGAGCUGGAGCACGUGUGUCACACGCCGGCGCCCACCUGCCCCCCGCCCCACUACAGGUGCGACAACGGCAACUGCCUGCCCCUCGUCAAGGUGUGCGACAGGAACGACGACUGCUCGGACAACAGCGACGAGAAGGGCUGUGGCAUCAACGAGUGCACGGACCCCUCCAUGCACCACUGCGACCACAACUGCACCGACACGCCCACCAGCUUCCUGUGCAGCUGCCGCGCCGGCUACCGCCUCAUGUCCGACAACAAGACGUGCGACGACGUGAACGAGUGCACGGACACGCCCGGCGUGUGCAGCCAGACGUGCGAGAACACGGUGGGCUCGCACGUGUGCAAGUGCGCCCCGGGCUUCCUCCGGGAGCCCGACGGCCGCAGCUGCCGCCAGAACAGCAACAUCGCCCCCUACCUGAUCUUCAGCAACCGCUACUACCUCCGCAAUCUCUCCACGGACGGAGAGGCCUACUCCCUCAUCCUGCAGGGCCUGACCAGCGUGGUGUCGCUGGACUUUGACCGCGUCGACAAGAGGCUGUACUGGAUCGACGUGAGCCGCCGGGUGAUCGAGAGGAUGUUCUACAACGGCACGGGCCGCGAGGCGGUGGUGAGCGGCGUGCUCACCGGCGAGGGGCUGGCGGUGGACUGGGUGGGCCGCAAGCUGUACUGGGCGGAAAGCUUCCUGGACUGUCUCAAGGUGUCCGAGCUGGACGGGCGCUUUGUCCGGAAGCUAGCCGAGCACUGCGUGGACGCCAACAACACGUACUGCUUCGAGAACCCCCGAGCUCUCGUCCUGCAUCCCACAUACGGCUACGUGUACUGGACGGACUGGGGCGACAGAGCGUUCAUAGGCCGCAUCGGGAUGGAUGGAGCCAACAAGACAGCCAUCAUCACCACCAAGAUCGAGUGGCCCAAUGGGAUCACCAUCGACUACACCAACGACAAGCUCUACUGGUCUGAUGCCCACCUCAACUACAUCGAGUACUCGGACCUGGAGGGCCGCCACAGACACACGGUGUACGACGGGGUGCUGCCCCACCCCUUCGCCCUGACCGUGUUCGAGGACACGGUGUACUGGACCGACUGGAACACGCGCACCGUGGAGAAGGGCAACAAGUACGACGGCUCCGGUCGCCAGGCCCUGGUCAACACCACGCACCGGCCCUUUGACAUCCACGUGUGCCACCCCUACCGGCAGCCCAUCGUGACCAACCCCUGCGCCGUGAACAAUGGAGGCUGUUCCCACCUGUGUCUGAUCCGCGACGGGGGGCGGGGCCACACCUGCGAGUGCCCCGACCACUUCCUGACCGUGCAGCUGGGGGGCGUGGCCCGCUGCCUGCCCAUGUGCACCAGCACGCAGUACAGAUGCGCCGACAACGAGAGGUGCAUCCCUAUCUGGUGGAAGUGUGACGGCCAGAGGGACUGCAGAGACGGCUCUGAUGAGCCCUCCACCUGCCCCAGCCGGCACUGCAGCCUGGGCCAGUUCCAGUGCAGCGAUGGGAACUGCACCAGCCCCCACUUCCUGUGUAACAGCAACCAGGACUGCCAUGACGGCUCAGAUGAAGACCCCGUGCUGUGUGCCACCCACCAGUGUGAGAGCCACCAGUGGCAGUGUGCCAACAAGAGGUGCGUCCCCGAGUCGUGGCAGUGUGACGGGGAGGACGACUGUGGGGACGGCUCUGACGAGGACGACGCCCACUGCUCCAGCCGCUCCUGCCCGCCAGGACAGUUCAAGUGUCGGAACGGACGCUGCGUCCCACAGAACUGGAAGUGUGACGUGGACGACGACUGUGGGGACAACUCUGACGAACCUCUGGAGGAGUGUAUGGGGCCCUCCUAUCGCUGUGACAACCACACCCAGUUUGACUGCAAGACCAACUACCGCUGCGUGCCCCUCUGGUCCGUCUGCAACGGGAACAACGACUGCAGGGACAACAGCGACGAGCAGAACUGCCACGAGGUGACAUGUAACCCUGUGGGGGACUUCCGCUGUGACAACCACCAGUGUGUCCCUCUGCGAUGGAGGUGUGACGGGGACAACGACUGUGGGGACGACUCUGAUGAAGUCAACUGCAGCCCGCGUGCAUGUUCGGAGAGCGAGUUUCGCUGCGAUAAUCUCCACUGCAUUCCCGACCGUUGGGUCUGCGACCAUGACAACGACUGCGAGGACAACUCGGAUGAAAGGGACUGUGAGAUGCGGACUUGUCACCAAGGUUACUUCCAGUGUGCCAGCGGACACUGCAUCUCCGAGCGGUUCAAGUGUGACGGCAACGCCGACUGCCUGGACUUCACUGAUGAGACUUCCUGUCCGACCCGCUAUCCCAACGGUACCUACUGCCCUCAGUUCAUGUUUGAGUGCCGGAAUCACGUGUGUGUUCAGCCCUACUGGAAGUGUGACGGAGACAACGACUGUGGAGACGGCUCUGAUGAGGAGCUGCACCUCUGCUUGGACGUCCCGUGUGAACCGCCCUUCCGGUUCCGCUGUGACAACAACCGCUGCAUCUACAGCCACGAGCUGUGUAACACUGUGGACGACUGUGGAGACGGCACCGACGAGAAGGAGGAGCACUGCCAGACCCCCACACAUGGACCCUGCUCAGCAGAUGAGUACAAGUGCAGUAACGGCCAGUGCAUCCCCCUGCAGUACGCUUGUGAUGACUACGAUGACUGUGGAGACCACUCAGACGAGCUAGGCUGCAACCACGGCUCUGGCCGCUCCUGCAGUGAGAACAUCUGUGAGCACAAUUGCACCGACCUGACGGACGGAGGCUUCCUGUGCUUCUGCAGACCCGGCUACCAGCCCCUCCAGGACGACAGGAACUCCUGUGAAGACGUGAAUGAGUGUGAGAUCUACGGGACGUGCCCCCAGGACUGCAGGAACUCCAAGGGCAGCUACGAGUGCUUCUGUGCCCCGGGGUACCGCUCAGUCGGGGGGCAGCACGGCGUGGAGUGUGCAGCGGAGGGAAACCCUCCAGUGCUGCUCCUGCCUGACAACGUGAGGAUUCGUCGUUUCAACCUGUCCUCGGAGCAGUACUCUGACUAUGUGGACAACUCGGAGCACAUCCAGGCCCUGGACUACCUGUGGGACCCGGAGGGCCAAGGCCUCAGUGUGGUCUACUGGACCGUCUUAGGGAGAGGGUCUCAGUUUGGAUUCAUCAAACGAGCCUACAUGACAACGUUCAACGACUUUGGCAACAACCCAGUGAAGGAGGUGGAUCUGAACCUGAGAUACAUUGCCAGCCCAGACGGGAUCGCAGUGGACUGGAUCGGAGGACACAUUUACUGGACAGAUUCAGGAACCAAUCGCAUAGAAGUGUCGAAGCUGGAUGGGCGGUACAGGAAGUGGUUGAUCCACACGGAUCUGGACCAGCCGGCUGCUAUUGUCGUCAACCCAGCUCUGGGAACUGUGUACUGGACCGACUGGGGAAGAAGGCCGCGGAUCGAGUCGGCAUGGAUGGACGGGCAGCACCGGCAGGUUCUGCUGGAUGAGGACCUGGGCUGGCCCACCGGCCUGGCACUGGAUUACCUGAACGGAGACCGGAUCUACUGGUGCGACUCCAAGGAGAACAUCAUUGAAUCCAUGAAGCCCGACGGUUCAGAGAGGAAGAUCGUCAUGUCCGGAGCCUUAGGCAACCCCUACAGUCUGGAUGUGUUUGAGGGCCAUGUGUACUGGACCACCAAGGAGCGGGGGGAGGUCUGGAAGGCUGAUAAGUUUGGAAAGGGAGACAAAGUCAAGGUGGUGACCAUCAACCCCUGGCUGACCCAAGUCCGGAUCUACCAGGAGCAGCGACACAACCGCUCAGUGUCGAACCCCUGUAAGGACGUGUGCAGCCACCUGUGUCUUCUGAGGCCGGGCGGGUACACCUGCUCCUGCCCGCAAGGCUCCAACCUGGCCGGCAUCCACUCCAACCAGUGUGAUGCAGCCAUUGAGGCUCCUGUCCCAAUGCCCCUUGCAUGUAGAUGCAUGAACGGAGGGUCCUGCUACACUGACGAAGGGGGCCUGCCAAAGUGCAAGUGUCCUUAUGGCUACGCCGGAAGUUACUGUGAGAUGGGGAAGUCAAGAGGAGCUCCAGCAGGAACAGCGGUAGCUGUGCUGCUGGCAACGAUCAUCAUCCUGAUCACAGGAGCGCUGGCCGUUGGGAUUUUCCUCAACUACAAACGGACUGGCUCCUUCAUCCCCAACAUGCCCAAACUCCCCAGCCUGAGCAGCCUGGUGAAGUCCAGCGACACGGGGAACGGCGUGACAUUCCGCUCGGGGGACAACGUCACCAUGGACCUGGGCCCUCACGCCAUCGGGGUGUCAGUCAUUGACCGGGCCAUGCAGCUGGAUGAGAAUUUUGCCGUGGGGUCUGGGCGGCAGCCAAUCACGUUUGAGAACCCGCUGUAUGCCACUGCAGGUGGAGUGUACAGCAAUCCUGCUGUCAUUCAUGCCACUCAGGUGACGGUUAACGUGACUGGUGAGCAGAUAGAGAAUAGCUUUGCCAACCCGGUGUUCCACGCAGAGACGAGCUCCAACGUGGUGCACACCUCCGUCACCAGCUCCAACCCCCUUCCUGAGUCCAAGUGGAGUUUCUUCAAAAGGAAAUUAAAACCGAGCGCCACGUUUGAAAACCCAACUUACUCAGAGAUGAAAGAUGAAAAAGCAACAGGAAGCGGGGGGGAUGAUGGCUCCGCCCCCUCCCCCUUCGUCCCCUCUGCCAAACCCCUGAAGAGGGAUCGUCCCAGCGCCUUCUCCCCCACAGAGGACACGUUCCAGGACACAGCCAACCUUGUCAAGGAAGACGGCGAGAUCUGACCCACCUCCCUCCCACCUCCCCCCUUCCCCCCACCCCGCCCCGCCCUCUAUCACAGGCAGAUGGGAAUCA